CAAAGCUAGUCAAGUCGAACGCCCUGAAACCCUAAAUGCUAAAAGAACCCAGCCACCGCCUCCGCCUCCGCCCUAGCCCCCCCCCCCCCCCCCCCCCAAAAAAAUAAAUUGUCGAAGAAAGAAGCAGCAGCAACUCAGAUACUUGGCGGAAACAAUAUGGGCGUUCUUCAACUAUUUGACGGCGGCAGCGACUCCGAGAACGACGACGUACCGCAGCUCAAAAUCAAUGAAGAUUUCGCUCGCAGGUACGAACACAACAAGAAGCGGGAGGAGCUCCAGCGCUAUGAGGAACUGAAGAAGCGAGGCCUCGUGGCUGACCCCUCCGAUGCUUCAGACUCUGAACCGGAUUUUGAAUCGGACGACGACUACGCCCAUGUCGCCAAUUCCAAGAAGAGAGAAUUGGAGUUUUUGGAUGGUCUGCUCAAGGUGAAAAAGCAUGACCCUAUCUUGAAAAUCAAAGAUGUUGUUUUGUUUAAUUCUGAUGGAGCUGAAAUUAUCGGAAACAAUGGAGGAGGGGGAGAGGGAAGGGCGAAGAAUAGGAGGAAGAUGUACUUGAAAGAUGUUAACGCUAAGCAUUUGAUCGAGGACGGCCCGGAACUGGCGGAGGAGGAUGACAAGAACAUUGGUAAAAACAGUAAGGUCUACAACGAAGAGCAAGAGCGGAUAAGGAGAGAAUUCUUACAGGCCGCCGCAACCGAGGAGGAUGAUGAUGGUGAGUUUUUGAUAGAGAAGAAUAAGAAUGCUGCGGGGGAUGAUGAUGGUGAUAGUGUUGAUAAUGAUCAGUAUGAGAAGGCAUUGGAUGAGUGUUUCCCCGAAUCUGAUGAAAAUGCUAUGUUUCUCAAGAAGUUCUUUAAGGAUCAGCUAUGGAAGGAGGAUAAGGAUCCCGAGUUAAAGGAGGAGGAUUUGGAGGUGGUGUCUGAGGAUGAGAUGGAGAUCGAAAGGCAGGAGGAGUAUGAGCACAGGUUCCAGGAGAAUGCAGGUGAUCGGAUUAUGGGGCAUUCCAGGCAAGUUGAGGGGUCGGUGAGGAAGAAGGUCAAGGCGAGGAAGGAGCAGAGGAAGAGCAAGGAGGAGAGGAUGGAGAUUGCAAGGUUGGAGAGGGAGGAGGAGUUGAGGCAUUUGAAGAAUUUGAAGAAGAAGGAGAAUGACGAGAAGGUUAAGAAGAUAAUGGAGAUUGCGGGACUUAAGGAGGGCGAGGUGUCUACAUUUAAUCCAAAGGAGUUGGAGAAGGAAUUUGAUCCACAAGAGUAUGAUAGGAUGAUGAAGAAGGCUUUUGGUGAGAAGUAUUAUCAGGCAGAGGAUGCUGACUUAGAGCAUUAUAGUGAUAUGGACAAGGAUGAUGAUGAGAUUGAGAAACCGGACUUUGAUAGGGAGGAUGAGUUGCUUGGGCUUCCUAAAGGUUGGGAUACUGUUGGUUCUGGUGACGGGUUCUUAGCUGCAAGGGAGAAGGCUUUGAAGCGGAAAAAGGAAAAUGUUGGUGACCAUGAGGAAGAGGAAGAGGAAGAGGAAGAGGAAGACGAAGUGGAAGAGGAAGGGGAAGAGGAAGUGGAAGAGGAAGAAGAAGAGGAAGUGGAAGAGGAAGAGGAAGAUGAAGAGGAAGAGGAAGAGGAAGGAAAAAUGAGUGAGGAAGAUAAACAAGAGAAAAAGCGUAAAUUAGCUUUAUUGGAGAGAGCUAAGAAGGAGAUGAUGGAUGAAUACUAUAAGUUGGAUUAUGAGGAUACAAUUGGAGACUUGAAGACCAGAUUCAAGUAUGCUAAAAUAAAACCUAAUAGAUAUGGCUUGACUACUGCUGAGAUAUUAGCGAUGGAUGAAAAGGAGUUGAAUCAAUAUGUGUCUUUAAAGAAGCUUGCCCCUUAUACAGAGAAAGAGUGGAAGGUACCAAACAACAAGAGAAUGGAGAUAAAGCAGAAAGCUAAGGAGAUUUUCAGACAAGGAAAUGUGGGUAAUAAAAAGAAUCGCAAGAAGCUGAGAAUAAGUGAAGCAGCUAAGGGUUCAAGCUUAUCAAAGGGUGCCGCAGGGCAAUCAUCAAUGGCUGCCCCGGAACAUGGGAAAGAACAAGUAGGGGACUCAAAUGGUGAUAAAAAAGAAUCCAGGAGUGCUAGAAGAAGGCGUCUCCAAGCUGCACGAAAAUUACCAGCUUCUAGGCUCAUGGCAUAUGGGGUGGUACCUGUAAAAUCUAAGAAAAAAGGGAAGCACUGAUCUGAACCACUUGUUAAAUCAGAGCAGUAGACAGUUGAAGUCAUACACGUUAGCUCAUUUGGUUCUCAUGUCCAUAGGUAGUGGUUGUUUGGUAUUUAUAACAUGAAGACGGACUACAAUUUUGCAAAGACGAAGUAUAUUGAGGGUUUUAUUGAGUUGAUAGCAUAGCAGAGGCUAACCAGGUGAGAACAAGUUGAAAGGAAGACUUGUCGAUUGAGAUUGUCACUUUUUGUUUUUGCAUUUUAUGUAAACUUACGGUUUAGAAAUCUAAGUAAACUAAAAUCAUCGUUGUUUUCCUGUUCUUGAAUACAGCUAUUUAUCAAUGUGGACGAUAUGCCAAGGGUUUCUUAUGUACAAUCUUGUUCAUGUGUUCUAUUACAAUCAAAUUGAAUAUUUCUUAUUUUAUGUGUUGACAAGUGAUC